CAUUACCAUGCAUCAUACACUUCUUCAAGGACCACUCCUCCAUUGCAAUCACCAUUCUUUCGACACAUAUCCACCCUACCAGAUCAAAAAAAGAGACAAUGAAAAUGCCUCAUUUCACACUCUCACUCCUACUUCUCUUCCUUUUCCACUGCACCACAAUUUCAGGUCAGGCACCGGCAGCGUCCCCGGGACCGGCAGCUCCCCUCGAUAUCUACAAAAUCCUUACCAAAGCAGGCCAGUUCACUAUUUUGAUCCGGCUACUGAGGAGCACCCAAGUUGGUAAUCAGAUCAACAGCCAACUCGGUGACUCCAACAGUGAACUAACCUUCUUCGCCCCGACUGACAAUGCUUUCUCAAGCCUAAAAACGGGCACUCUCAAUUCCCUAUCUGAUCAACAAAAGGUUAUGCUCGUCCAGUUCCAUCUCAUUCCUUCUUUCAUUUCCAUCUCAAACUUCCAGACUAUGAGCAACCCAGUUCAGACUCAAGCCAGUAAUACCUAUGAGUUCCCACUUAAUAUUACUACCUCCGGUAGUCAAGUGAAUAUUACCACCGGACUUGUUAAUACCUCGAUUUCAGGGACUGUGUAUUCGGAUAAUCAGUUGGCCGUUUAUCAGGUUGAGAAAGUACUUCAGCCUCUAGGGAUUUUUGCACCGAGAUCUCUGCCUCCGGCGCCAGCACCGGCACCACCAAAAUCAAAGAAGAAAUCUGCAACUUCGUCCGACAGCCCGGUUGCGUCUGUUGAUGCAUCUGGGGCAGUUGGAGUUACCAGAAAUGUACUCGUUUCCGUUGGCGUUUCUAUUGUAGUUUCGGUGCUUACUGGGGCUAUAUUUUUGUGACAAAAAAAGUUUGCAGUUUUGGAUUUCCUUCAUAUUUUCUAAUGACGAAUGACGGUGGAGAAGUUGGAUUGAAUGGUAAUGAUGGACAUGGUGAGUAGGAGGCAAUGAUGGCCGCUUCAGUUGGAUCCAUUAGUAUCAUGCUCGCCGGUUUGUGAGGAAAAGAAGUACUGUUUCAGUUGAAUUUCUUGGUUUUCUUAUUUUUGGUUGCCUUUUGUAUUUGCAUUAUCUUUCUUGUUUUCUUGUAUUUACUUCGUUCAAUUUGAGCUUCUGUGUAUGGUCAAAAAUCGAUCUGUAUAAUUCAAAAGCUGUGUCCUAAGAAUUUUUUCUGGAGUCC